AGUCGUGCGCCGGCCGCUGCGCACAUCGUAUCAAAACAACGCAACGCAUAUGCAGCAGUGAAACAAAGCAGCAACAUGGACUAUUGGAUCUGGUCGCUGCUGGUUGUCACGCUGACCUACGCUAUUACUAGCAUCUACAGACAGCUAAGUUACUUCUCUAGAUGGGGAAUACCUCAUCCACGAGAGAUGCCUAUAGUUGGUGCUAUUUACGCCCUGUUCUUUCCACGUCGUCAUAUCAAUGAUUUUAUCAAAUACAUCUACGACUUUAAUCCCGAUGCCAAGUACGUCGGAGCUCACAUCUUCACGAAGCCGACGAUCUUCAUUCGAGACCUGGACCUGGUGAAGACUGUGCUGGUGAAACACUUUGAUCACUUUGCCGAUAGGAAGACGUUCGUCGACGAGAAGGCUGAUCCUCUGUUUGGGCGGAAUUUGAAUUUUCUAAACGGCGAUCGGUGGAAGGAGAUCAGGACUAUCCUCAGCCCAGCGUUUACUUCCAGCAAGAUGAAGACGAUGUACGUGCUCAUGUCGAAGUGUGCGGAGAACUUCACCGACGAGUUUCUGAAGAAGUACGGAGACGCCGAAGCUGUGGACAUGAAGGGCGCGAUCGGGAAGUACACCAACGAUACCAUAGCCAGCUGUGCUUUUGGCAUCGAGGUCGACAGUAUGAAGGACCCCAACAACGAGUUCUACCUCCAGGCUAAAGAGAUUAAUUUCAAGGGUGUAACACUACUGAAGAUUCAACUCGAGAUGAUCUUCCCGACUCUAACUCGUAAAUUUGGCAUGAGGAUAGUCUCCAAGAAGGUCACCGACUUCUUCGUCAACGCCAUUGCCACUACGAUGAGUGUCCGAGAGGAGCAAGGUAUCUUCAGACCUGACAUGUUACAACUGAUGAUGGAAGCUCGGUCCAAAAUGGACAAGGAGGCAGCGGAGCGAUUUGACCUGCUCGAGAUGACGGCUCAGGCGUUUCUUUUUUUCCUGGCGGGCUUCGAUGCCAGUAGCAACCAGUUCUGCAUAAUAGCCCACGAGCUCGCCGCGAACCCGGACAUCCAGUCCCGGCUCCAAGCUGAGGUCGACGACCUAAUGCAAAAAUGCGACAACAAGCCGACCUACGAUGCUCUCAACCACAUGCCAUACAUGGACGCCGUGAUUAGCGAGAGCUUGAGACGACACCCGAUAGCUUUUCUCAAUCGACUCUGUUCCAAGGAGUUCGAACUACCACCAGCGGUUCCAGAUUCGAAACCUUAUACAAUGAAACCUGGAGACGGCCUGAUGAUACCCGUAGCAGGCAUCCACAUGGACCCAAACCUAUACCCCAAUCCAGAGCGGUUUGAUCCCGACAGGUUCAUCGACAAGAAAAUUGCGAUAAGCGACGUGACCAACCUAGGUUUCGGACUCGGGCCCAGAAUGUGCAUCGGCAAUCGGUUCGCGAUCUUAUCCAUGAAGUCCCUCCUGGUUCAACUUCUUUCCAGGUGCAACCUGGUACCUUGCAGUAAGACCUGCAUACCUCUGGAGUACUGCAAGAACAUCUUCGCUCCAACUCCGAAAAAUGGAUUCUGGCUGAGAAUCGAACCCAGAACGGAGAGUCGCUGAUGUAAAACUAGCAAUAAAACUUAUUCAUACCUA